AUGACGGCUUGCGACGAGGUGAUUCUAACGGUCAGCUACGCGAAAGGACUUCUUGGAGCCGCUUACUACGAUCAAGCUCUACAAACUAUUUACCUUUUUGAGGAUCGAGGCGAGGAUGCCGAGUUCAUGCUUCUCGAUGGAGUCUUGGCUCAGGUGAAUCCGUCGACUGUUGUGGCAAAUCGAAACCAGGACACGCAGCUACUCUUCCAUUUGGCAAAAUACUGCAAGGUGGAGCCACCAGAAGCUGCAAACAAAGAAGAAGAGGAUGAAUCGGAUCAAAGUGAAGUCUUUUCUGGGGAAAUUGCUGCUCCAACAACGAAAAAAGUUGGCAUAGGAUAUUCGCAAGAAGAGGAAUUUGAGGAGGAAACGGAAAAGGAGGCUGAAGAAGAGGAAAUGAUGGAUGAAGAUGAGCUGAUCGAUCGCAAAUAUGUCGUUUUGUCGAACAAAGCUUAUCAUAUUGAGCGUGCACAAGCCCGGAUUAACACUUUGUUGCAAACAGAAGGCACAACAAUUGAUGAGCAAGAGCUUUUUGUUCGCUUUCGUCUAAAUUUGAACAACAUCAACACGGUGCGAGCCUUUGGAGCUUUACUUAUGUACUUGGAUGCGAUUCGUUUGGGAGUUGAAAGACAACAUUUGAGUGUUCCGGUACCAGUGAAAGGGUUGAAAAAGUUUACAGCCGGGUCACUUGUGGAGAUUGAUUCGAGCACUUUCAAAGCCCUGGACAUUAUGGCAGAAGAUUUCAAAGUGGAAAGACUUACUCGUUUCGAUCCAACCUUGAUUGGAUCGCCUCAUAUGUCAUUGUUCAGUCUGUGCAAUCGAACGCGCUCCGGUGUUGGCCGACUGAUGUUGAGACGUUGGUUUGAGCGACCCACAACAGAUUUUGUUCUAUUGGAAAAACGCCAAAGAACGAUUCACUUUUUGUCCCAAGAAGCAAAUGGAGAUGUUGCUUAUUUCUUUCAUGUCAACUUUGCAAAGGUUAUCAACGUUCGAGCAAUCAUCGGGAGAAUGAAAAUGUCGACAAUGAAAGCAAGGGAUUGGAGGCCAUUGGUGACAUCUUGCCGAGCUUUGAUCAACAUUGGAAAUUUCAUCAAGAAGCGUGGUGUGAAGCUACCGGUGAUUGACGAAUACAUGGGCUUUUUCGAUGAAGAAGUUGAAGAAAUGACGGUGCUUUUUGGCUCAAUGAUUGACUUCGAUCGGACUGAUCGCGAGAAACGACUAGUCUUGCAACGAGGCAUUGAUCCUGAGUUGGACUUCAAAUACGAUGCCCUCGAUUCACUUGAUCAUUUCUUGCACAAGCAGGCGAUUAUUGAAAGCAAAAAUUUUGGGAUACAAGUCGGCGUUGAGUACUCGCAUGUCUUCAAGUUUAUGGUUAUUUUGCCAGAAGAGGAUUUAGAUCCCGGAAACCCACGAGUCACACAAGUUCUUUUCACUUCCGAUGGUAAAGCUUAUGUCAAGACGAAUCUGAUGGAGGUCAUUGAUGAUAAGAUCGGAAACUACUAUAACGAGGUGAUCGAUCGAGAAAGGGCUGUGAAUUUGCGACUUUUGGAGGUUUUGCGGGAGAACACUGGCAAUUUAUUGGGUAUGGUUCGUGCAGUUGCCAUGCUUGAUGCUGCACAAGCGCUUGCAAUCACGGCUAGGGAAUUAAGGUGGUGCAGACCAAAUCUCGUCUCUGAACCGGUCAUCGACGCCGAUGGAGCUUAUCAUCCAAUCUCUGCAUUGUUGCUGAAAAAGAGUUUUGUGAGAAACAUCAUUCGUUCGAAUGAUAGCUAUACUCGAAUCAAGGUCUUCACUGGACCCAACGCUUCCGGCAAAAGUGUCUACUUAAAAACUGUUGGUGUUUUGGUCUACUUGGCGCAUAUUGGAUCUUUUGUACCAGCUGAGAAAGCCACCAUUGGGCCAUGCGAUCGAAUUUUGUCAAGAGUUUACACGGUGGACACGGUGCUUGAUGGACUUUCCACAUUUGCCUGUGAUGUGAAUCAGAUCGCAACCGCCAUUUCGAGAGCCACCAGAAAUUCUCUGGUGAUCAUUGAUGAAUUUGGGAAGGGAACAGUGACCGAAGUUGGAUUAGCUUUUUUGGCCUCGAUUUUGAAUUUUUGGAUUGAGAGGGGUUCUCAGUCGCCCCAUGUUUUCGCAUCUUCUCACUUUUAUGCUUUGCCAUCGCUUCUUCAUCUCAACCCGGAAGUGCUCUCUUUUCACGCAAUGGAUUCAUCAGUUCAAGGAAACGAGUUACGCUUUCACUAUCGGGUAGUUGAUGGAUUGGUCUCUUCAUCUUAUGCAACAUACAUGGCCAGGGAAAUGGGAAUUGAAGAGCACGUAGUUCAACGAUCAAGCGAGAUCUACGAUCAAUUAUGCCAAGGCCUCGGUCUUUUAACUCUCCCACAUGCAGAUUCCGAAGAAGAAAGCAAUCAAAAGCUGUUAAAAGUUAUGGAAAAGAUUGUUCCUAUGUUGUUGAAUAUAAUGGUCAAACGACGUCAACUUGUUGCCGAAAAUGAGAUUGGCCGACCAAUUCCACAGAAAAAGAAGAAGAAAGCUAAGAACAAGGCGGCGACUAAGAAUUGGGCGACGACACCAAGUUUUGAUGUAGACGAUGCUGUGCUGAUUGUAGGAGAUGAUGCCAAUGAUUUUGCGUCGACGAGCGUGCGCCCAGAUGUCGAGUUUAUUAAGACACUACGAGAAAAUUCGGGGAUCAGGAAAUACCCGGGUAUAGCAGAGCCGAUGACUGUCAUUGCCGUUCGUGUUGGUGAAUGUGUUUUGCUGCACGGAAUUUGUCAAAUUCAAUCAAUCGUCGGCCAUGCAACGGUUAAUCUCUUCAAUCUUGAACCGGGUGCCUACAAAGAGGACCGAGCAUAUGUUGCUGUCGCACCGAGUCGAUUGGGAUGUCCGAUCUCGAUUUGCGGACAAACUUCGAAAUCACGCGAGAAAGAGUCACUGUGGAAUGAGGCGCCUGUUAGCACGGCAAUUCUUGUUAUUGUUCGACGUGCACCAAAGUUGUUCAACAUUCUUAAUGCAAUUUACAGUGAGAAUAUUAUGGCUCCUCCUGUUGUUGGCUCAACGAUUAAGAUGUGGUCAGACAACGAUUUCUCAUUUUACAACGACGCGUCUGUAGCUACAAUUAAAAGCGUGAUCACACAAAUGCACACGGUGCGCGAGCGAGGUUCCCGCUUCAAGCUUGUCAUAGCUGGCCCACAAAAUGCUGGAAAGUCAACACUUGCUCGCCUUUUGAUCAAUUCGUUUCUCUCGUCGAAACCAUCUGAGCUUUGGCUUCUCGAUUGCGACAUUGGUCAAUCUGAAAUGGGCCCACCGGGGUGCGUUGCUUUAUCAACCAUUGAGACACCACUACUCUCACCACCCUUUGCUCAUCAACCGUCAUUUCUCAAGCAAGCUUUCUUCUAUGGUGGAAUCAAUCUCGAGUCAGCAGAGUAUAUGAAACAAAUUGUUAAUCGUCAAAUUGACUUCUGGAGACAAAACUCCAAACCCGAUUCGAUUCUAAUCGUUAAUACAAUGGGUUUUAUUGUGGAUGAAGGACGAGAAGUACUCGAACAUACGAUCUCCAAGUUACAGCCAACUUCUUGCCUGUUUAUCAACUUUCACAUGAAUUCACUUAAAAAUUCGAAAACGAAGAUGUUAACGAUUGAUAGGCAAUCUUUCAGUUAUGAGCAGCACUUUACAGUGAAAAAUCCGCGAUUGCGAGAAGCAACUUUGCUGGCUCACUUGUGUCACGUGCUUGACUCCGAGAUCAAAUGGCAUCUCUCCUCGAUUCGCAAUAUAUUACCAUAUUGCGUUGAUUUUCGAAACAUUUGCUUCUGUAUGCCCGAGGAUCAAAAUGCAAUAAAGAAGGAGAUGAUUUUUGCUUCGUUUAAUUGUACCCUGGUCGCGCUUGGUUUUUAUGAGAAUGAAGAGAGAGCUCCAAGAGCCUGCCGUAUUGCUGAUAUCGACUCAUUGCCUCUCUUGCGCUUUUGCUCAUUUUUGGACAAGGAGCCUCUUCGCAUCCUUGGAUAUGGCAUUUUGCGUGGAAUCGAUCUUGAAACACAGAAGCUCUACGUUACGACACCGAUCCCAAGCGAGGAGUUUGAGAAAGUCACCUGUAUUGCUCGUCCGACAAACAUCAGCUUACCAUCGGUGUUCAUUACGGCUCAGACAACCGAGUCUCCGUAUCGUGCCCAAAGCGCUCAGGAGAGUAGUAACAGUCAGAGUUUCCAGAUGUGGCGACCUUUCGAGAAGAGCGUGACGUUGAAGAGGCUCAACAAGGGUCAU